AUGAUUGCCGGAACCCUGAAGAGUACCGAUCUGGUUGAGGAGUAUGUUCGACAGAUUGAGGAGCACAAUGGGUACCUUCGUGCGGUCUCUGUAUAUGCGCCAGGCCCGCUUCAUGGAAUUCCUGUUUUGAUCAAGGAUACCUUCGACACUGGGCCAAGCCUGGAGAUGAGGAAAUCCGCAGGAGCAGUGGCGCUCCUGAAUACAAAGCCCACAAAAAAUGCGGAGGUUAUCGACAAGCUGCUUGCUGCUGGAGCGGUUAUUUUGGGAAAGACAACUAUAUCAGUGGGUACCCAGGAGCUAAGCUAUCGAAAAGAAAACGGUCUCCCAUGCGGUUGGUCUGCAGUUGAUGGCCAAGGACAGUCUCCCUAUAUUCCUGGGGGAUUCGAUCCAACCGAUUCGAUUGGAGGGCAUACUGUACCCGGCGGCUCGUCCUCGGGAGUUUCCAUCGCCAUCAGUGCUGGUCUUGCUGCUAUUGGAGUUGGAGCCGAUACCGAUGCCUCCAUUACCGCCCCAGCGGUUAGAGCGUCUCUGUAUUCAAUUCGACCGACUACUGGAAUUGUUUCAGUGAAUGGUACAGUCCCGUGCUCAAAGACUUUUGACACCAUUGGCCCUAUGGGUAGGAGUGUCCGAGAUGUAGCAGACCUCUUGACGGCUCUCGUUGAGCCAGGCAAGACAACAAUCCCACAAGGCGGUUAUGCAUCCUCCGCCACUAAGGAUCAUGGAAAGAUAUUCAGGAUUGGUACGCUUGAUCCAGAAGUUUGGAAUUACCCAACCUUCUUAGUCAAACCUGUGCCCGAAGCUACAGAGCAAAUGAACCGCGUUGGUCUGGACACGUACUCCAAGAUUCGUGAUGGCUUGGCCAGUGUCUUUCAUGAGAACGUCGACCUCCCCCCUGUUUCGGAAUUCAUGCUGAACGGGAAACAUUCCAUCUACACCAUCUGGGACGCAUAUAUUGAAUUGGUUGAUGUUCUCAACGACUACCUCAGCGAACUGCCAGGAUCUCCCGCGAAGAGCUUAGCGGAACUUGUGGAGUGGAAUCAAGAGCACGCAGCACAAGCACUCCCCACCGAAUAUCCGAGUCAGGAUGUGUUGAUCGAAGCACUAAACACGAAGCUGUCCCCCGACCAGAUUGAGACGCUCCGUGAGCACUAUUUGGCCGUCGGUUCAAACCUCGACGCAGCUUUACAGAAUAAUGAAAUCGACAUUAUUGUCGCCCCCGGAGAUUGCUUUUUGACUCAAUAUGCCUCGGCCAAAGGCUACCCAAUUGCCGCGGUACCUAUUUCAUCUAUCGACUACAAAAGUCGACCUAUUGGGCUGCAGGUGAUUAGUUCUGCUCAUCGUGAGGACCUUCUUGUUGCCUUCGUGAGUGCCUUUGAAGAUUCGAUCUCGGAAAGGCAGCCCCCAACUGCGUUCCUUCAGGCCUCGAAGGAAUAUAACAAACAAGCUCUACCCUAG